UCAUGCGCAAGUGUACGGCGCGUAAUAUUCCAGUACCUUUCCUUAAACAUCCGCGAGAAGCAAGCCUUUCGCAGGACGUAGUGCAUGCUUAAGACGAUUUAUUUUUUAUUUGUUAUGGAUGUUACGGGGUGAUACUCUCUAAAUCCGGUGCACUGUGAUAGAAUUAAAGGAGUUUUCAACAUGGCUAAGAGAAAGGAUGCUUCACCAAAUGGAAUACCUCAGAAGCGAUCAAGAAAAAGUAACUUGCUCAAUGGUGAAGGAGAUGAAGAAUCUAUGCAGUAUUUACUCACUGAAACAUCUCAGAAUUCACACUUGAGUUCAGGAGAAGUUGGUAUAAUUGAAAGCAUUUCCCUGAAAAACUUCAUGUGUCAUUCACUGCUUGGACCAUUUCAGUUUGGACCAAAUGUUAAUUUUAUUGUUGGAAACAAUGGAAGUGGGAAGAGUGCUGUACUAACAGCAUUGAUUGUGGGGCUUGGAGGAAAAGCUGUGGCUACAAACAGAGGAUCUUCCUUGAAAGGAUUUGUUAAAGAGGGUCAAAGCUCUGCAGAAGUGUCAAUAACCCUUCGCAACAGAGGACCAGAUGCAUUUAAACCUGUAGUUUAUGGAGAUUCGAUUAUAAUUGACCAAAAAAUUUCCAGUGAUGGAGUGAGAUCCUACAAAAUGAAAAGCAAAUCAGGUCAUGUUGUUUCACUGAAGAAAGAAGAGCUUAUUUCAGUUAUGGAUCAUUUCAACAUUCAGGUUGACAAUCCAGUGUCAAUUUUAACUCAAGAAAUGAGUAAACAUUUUUUACAUUCAAAAGGCGAGGGUGACAAAUACAAAUUCUUCAUGAAAGCCACUCAGCUUGAGCAAAUGAAAGAAGAUUAUGCUUAUAUUAUAAAAACAAAGACAGAUACACAGCAUAAGUUAGAUAAGCAGGAUGAGAUUUUUGAAGAUCUAAAGCGCCAAUAUAACGAAAAAGAAGACAGAUACAAGAGCCUUUCAUCUCUUGAUGAAAUGAAAAAUAAAUUGGAAGAGUUGAAACAUCAGAUGGCCUGGGCAAUGGUUUUUGAAAUUGAAAAACAGAUACAGCCGCUUAAAGACAGGAUACAGACUGAAGAAGGCAAUACAGUCAAAUAUGACAUGAAAGUAACAGAAUGGAAGGACAAAGUUGCUGAAGAAGAGAAAACGUAUAAAGAGAUUUGUAACCAAUUGGAAAAUAUCACAGCAAAGGUGCAUGUUUUGCAGCCUCAGGGAACCAAAUUAAAGGAGGAUGAAAAUACAAAAAGGAAAGCAUAUAAAGCUGCUGAGACCAAUUUAUUCAGAUCCAAACAUAAUCUGAAGUUACUGGACAGAGACCGAGAACAACUAGAGAAACAUACACAAGAACUGAGGCACAGUAUAAGCCAAAUUUCUGAGGCUGAUCGAACAGAGAAACUACGAAAGAUAGAAAAACUUGGAGAAUCGUUGGCAGCUUUAAAGGAUAAGGAUGCCACUCUAAAUCAACAAAAUGACCUUUACCAACAAGCCAUCUAUAAAUACAAAGAAGAACACACUAAAAUUAGGCAUGAACAGGAAGAACUUUGCAGGACUACAGAUGAUAAGUUACGGCAGCUGAACUCACUUAAAAGCAGUAGAACUGACAGGAUAAAAAGAUUUGGAGAGAAAAUGCCUGCAUUUCUAGCAGCUAUAAAUGAAGCACACAGAAAAGGACAUUUUGUUAAGAAACCUAUAGGCCCAAUCGGAUCAUGUAUUCGUGUUAAGGAUCCUGAUCUAUCUUUAGCUGUUGAGUGCUGCUUGAAAUCAUAUAUGCUUGCCUUCUGCUGUGAUAACUACAAAGAUGAGAAAGUACUCCAGAGUUUGAUGAGCAAAUUUUACCCGCAAGGACGAAGGCCACUUAUUCUGGUCAGUGAAUUUGGAAAUCAGCUGUACAACACGAGCAUCAGAGCUGUCAAUCAUCCACAGUUCCCCUCUGUACUUCAGGUUUUAGAAAUUAAUGAUCCUGUUGUUGCUAAUUGUCUGAUUGAUGUUAGAGGUAUUGAAACAGUUUUGCUAAUCAAAGAUAGCACUGUGGCACGUGACGUUAUGCAGGCUAAGAAUCCUCCUAAGAAUUGUCGUGAAGCAUUUACUAGAGAUGGUGAUCAGGUUUUUACAAAUCGAUAUUACUCAGCUGAACAAACAAGGGCACAGUAUUUAAGUGGAGAUGUGGAAGCAGAAAUCAGACAUUUGGAGAAUGAAGUUGAAAAUUGGAAAGCAAAAUUAAGAAAAUAUCAAGAAAGAUUACAUUCUGUGGAUGAAGAUAUUAAACAAAAUGAAAAGUUGUUAAGUAAAACGCGUGAAAGCAGUAGACACAAUAAGGAAAAUAUUAGAAGGUUGGAAUUGGAAAUUGCUGAUCUUCAAGUUGCGGAAGAACCGCAGUCAACAGACAUUUUUGCCCUUGAAGAGGAAUAUCAAGACAUCUGUAAGAAAAUUGAAACUUCUAAGCAAGAUACUGAAAAAAACAAAUUGAUAAUGGAAAAGUGUCUUGAAGAACUUAAAGAAGCUGAACAUAAAUACAGAGAACAUAAAGAUCAAAUUAACACUAUUACAGAUGAAGCUGAACCUCUAAAGGAAGAUCUGAGUAAAUCGGACCAUGAAGUUGAGAAGAGUAAACAUCACAGAAAACACUAUGAAGAUAAAAGGAAAGUACACUUAGAUGUUAUACGGAGAUUGAAGGAAGAUCUUGCCAAUAGAGAAAAUGAAUUAAAGGAGUCAGUUGCACAGGCUCAACAGAUACAUGCAGGUCGUUUAGAAGUAAGACGCAGUGCAAAGAGUCUUGAUACUGAAAUCAGUCGUUUAAGGGAGAAAAUUAAUACAGAACAGCAACAUCAAGGAAACAGAGAAGAAAUUAUUAGGCAAUAUCAUGAAGUGGUUGAGAAGUACAAACAUAUUUCCAUGCAGAUGAAAAACCUAAAGAAGUUUAUGGUCUUGCUUGGCAAAAUUAUGAGUGAUAGACACAAAGCAUAUGUAAAAUUGAGAACGUACCUUUCAUUACGUUGCAAAUACUACUUUGAUUGUUUGCUGUUACAGCGCGGCUACUCUGGGAAAAUGACAUUUGAUCAUAAAACUGAGGCCUUAUCAAUUGCGGUGCAACCAGGAGAUGGGGAUAAAGCUGCUUUAAAUGACAUGAGGUCGUUGUCAGGAGGUGAACGUUCCUUUUCCACUGUAUGCUUUGUUCUUUCAUUGUGGGGAAUUGCAGAGUCACCAUUCCGAUGUUUGGAUGAAUUUGAUGUUUACAUGGAUAUGGUAAACCGAAGAAUUUCAAUGGACAUGAUGUUGAAGAUUGCAGAUAGUCAGCGAUACCGCCAGUUUAUUUUUCUCACUCCUCAAAGUAUGAGUUCUCUGCCAGUCAGUAACCUCAUUCGAAUUCUUCGGAUGCGUGAUCCAGAUCGUGGCCAAACUACAUUGCCUUACCAGAGAAGAAAUCAAGAAGAAGAGGAGUAAAUAUUUUUGUGAUUAAUUAGAGCUGUAUUAGUUUCACAAUUGUAAGAACACCUAUUCAGGAAAAUAUCACAGCUUAUAUUUCCUUCAGAAGAUAGCUGCUCAGAAACUCCAGAUAUAAAUUAGACAUACUAUGUUCAAUCACUUUUAUACAUACUGUUUUUAGGUUGUCACUUAAUUUCUUUUUCUAAACGUUCAGGUCAAAGUAGCUUUGUUUGAAUAUUGUUAUCGUUUAAUAAACUCUAUUAUGUAGCAUUCAUAUUAUGCAAUAGUCAUCUGUUCCAAUAAAAACAUAGUUUUACUGUUCAUUUCCUUUUUCUUAAUUACUUUUAUAAUGACUACAGUGGUGUGAAAAAC